CGUUCGAACCUGAUCCAUGCAAUAAUUUCUCGGAGCGAUGCCCGGGACCCGAACUCGAUAUAACCGUACAAUCCAAUCUGAGGUUCAACCCCACUCCUCUUGUUCAACUACCAACCAUGUCCUACUGUUGUUCGUCGUCGUCCCCCCUUCCCCUCCCUCUCCGCCGCCUCCGCCACCGGUCUCCUCUCCCCAGUCCCCCUAAAACCCUAACCAUAACCCCUCGCUCCUCCCUCUCCGACCCCUUCGUCCUCGAGAUCGCCGAGAAGCUCGAGGAUUCCCUCUCCUCCUCCUCCCCCUCGAUCCAAUCCCUCCCCCUCCAGCGCCUUCGCGACUCCUCUUCCCAUUCCCUCCUCUCCCGCUCCUGGCCCUCCUCCAAAGACGAGCCCUUUCGCUUCACCGACACCUCCUUCCUCAAGAACUCUUCCAUCCUCCCCGCCCCCACCCCCUCCCUCCCCUCUUUGUCCCUCGAUUCCCCUUCCCCCAAUCUCAUCUCCCUCGUCGACGGCCACUUCGCCCCCUCCCUCUCCCGCCUAUCCUCCCUCCCUGCCGGCGCCUUUGCCGGCAGUGUCUCUGCCGUCCCCCCGGGUCCCCUCUACGACCGCCUCCUCGCCGCCCUCGCCUCCGCCGAGGAAUUCCAAGAUCGAGACCUGUUCUGGGACUUGAACGGCGUCGGUGCCCCGGAUAUCGCCGUGAUUUACAUCCCGGCCGGGGCGCGGGUCGUUGACGAGCCAAUUCAUGUUCGGUUCUGCUACUCCGAGGGGGAUGAAAUCGGGUCGCAGCGGUUGCCGGUGUCGAAUCCGCGGGUUUUGGUUGUGGUGGAGAAGGGGGCGGAGCUUGCGAUCGUGGAGGAGCACUCGGGGGUCGGGGGGAGCGAGGAGAGGAGCUAUUGGGCUAACUCGGUGAUGGAGAUUGUGAUCGAGGAGGGUGCCAAGGUGUCGCAUUCUUAUGUGCAGAGGCAGUCGGUGAAUGCAGCUCAUAUCAAGUGGACUUUUGCUCGGCAGGAAUUAUCUAGUUCCUAUGAGCUCAUUGAGAUAAGUACUGGUGGAAGGCUAAGCAGGCAUAAUCUCCAUAUUCAGCAAUUAGGCCCUGACACUGUUACAGAACUGGCAGCAUUUCAUGUAUCUCAAAGCAAUCAGACGCAAGAUCUGCAUAGCAGGUUAAUCCUGGAUCAUCCUAGAGGAUAUUCUCGGCAACUUCACAAGUGCAUUGUAUCCCAUUCCUCGGGGCAGGCUGUAUUUGAUGGAAACAUUAAGGUCAACAGAUUUGCACAGCAAACUGAUGCUGGGCAGCUGACUAGAACCCUUCUCUUGGCACCUCGAGCAACUGCAAAUGUAAAACCUAACCUACAAAUCAUUGCUGAUGAUGUCAAAUGUUCUCAUGGAGCUGCUAUUAGUGACCUUGAAGAAGACCAGCUCUUCUAUUUUCGGGCAAGGGGUGUGGAUUUGCAAACAGCAAGAGAUGCUCUAGUUUUCUCAUUCGGAGCUGAGGUCAUGGCACGCAUUCCAUUUGAGGCCAUUCGGAAAAGUGUAACCAGUCAAGUUAAAGAGUUAAUAGCGAAUAUAUGAAUGAAAUAUUGAAUGAGCAAUUCUUCUGAUUUGUUUGUAAUCCUAUUUUUUAUUAUCUAUAAUGAGAGCUUCAUGUUACUCUCUAUAUCCCGGUGGGAAAAAGGUGGUGAGUUGAAAGAAAAGUGUUGAAAAAGGAUAAAGAAUGCUUUAAUUUAGUUUUACCAAGUCCAAACAUCCAAAUUUAAGAUGAGGUAGUAUAUAAUGCAAUGAAGCAUUGUGGAUCAAA